UUCAGAUUUUCUCUUCGGAGCCAAGCGGUUGUAUUCAGUGCACUGAAUUCAAGUCCCUCCAAAGACACACCUCAAAACUGCUGGAUUUAUGGCACAUUUCAGCGGCUUCUCCCCCUCUGCACCUGUGGAGUGCAGAGAACGCUCCUGGGUGCUUCGGCAGAGCGAAAAUAAGAGAAUAUAUUCUAAAAGAGUAUAUUGUCAUUCACAAAAUGAGCGGCACACACGGAAUGUCUUUUUAAAGAUGCCUUUCCGUUUGUGUGUUAUUCCUGGUUGCGGUCGUUAUCUCUCCGCUUCUGAUGGCCACGAUCACUGUCUUACGUGUCUGGGCACUGCCCAAGCGGAGACAUCAUUUGUGGAUGAGUCAUGUCCUCAUUGCGAGAACAUGACCAUGGCAACCCCAGCGGCCCCCCACACCGGUCCUUCUACCUACAGGUUUGAGGGCACGUCGGUUAGCACUGGGGGCGAUUUGGGGACAUCAAUGGGACCACCUCUGCCGGGUAUCCCCACGGACCUCCCAUUCCCAGCACACUCACUUGCCCCGAUCGGGUUCUCGCACGGGACCGCCGGCUCGUCUCAGCGCGAAUUCGACUUCUCGUUCGGAGCUCCGGAAGACGAUGAGUUAUCGAGCGCAGCAUCGGUGAGCGGGAUCGUCCAGUCUGACGCAGAGGCUUCGGCUGGGCUUCCUCCUUCGGGAAUGGUCGCCCGGUCUCACGCCGACACGGAAAUGACGGACAUGCUUUCCCGGGCGGCCGCGAGUGUCAGGCUAGAGUGGAACCCUCUUCUCUCCCCUGAACCCUCGCGGCUCGACGAUUGGUUCCUGGGCUCGGGGCGCCGCCCACGGCCACACCCCACCCCCAUUCAAAGUGCAUGAGGAGCUGACAAAAUUGUGGGAGGCACCUUUUACUGCCCGGUCCCGGUCUUUCAGCUCCCCCGCUCUCACUACCCUCGAUGGUGGAGCGGCCAGGGGGUAUUCGGUGAUCCCCCAGAUGGAUAAGACAUCCAGGGACUGUAGGUUUACAUCGUCCCUGACGACUGUAGCCUACGGUGCCGCUGGACAAGCCGUCUCUGCCCUGCACGCCAUGGCUCUCCUGCAAGUACACCAAGCCAAGGCGCUAAAAGAACUGCACGAGGGUAGUUCUGACCCGGGAUUGAUGCAGGAACUGCGCUCGGCGACCGACCUCGCUCUCCGGGCGAUGAAGGUCAUGGCGCGGUCUCUCGGGCAGGCGAUGUCCACCCUGGUGGUCCAGUAGCGCCACCUUUGGCUCAACUUGGUCGAGAUGGGAGAGGCGGACAAGGCACGGUUCCUUGACGCCUCCGUUUCCCAGGUUGGCCUGUUUGGCGAUGCAGUCGAGGACUUUGCCCAGCAGUUCUCGUCGGUGAAGAAGCAGACGGAGGCCUUACAACAUAUCCUGCCCUGGCGCGGCUUAAGACCCCGCACCCUGUCUGCUCGUUGCCAAGGGCGUCUUCCUGCAGCAACAACACUGGCUCCGCCGCAGACCGCCCCCAUGGCCCGGCUCCGGUGUGCAGCCCUCCGCAGGAAGCAGAUGCCACCCGUCUCGCGGCCGGCCACUGAGAACCCGAGGAAGGCUUCGAAGUGCCCCCGAGAUGGGCAACCCAGGGGCGAGGAGACCCACUUCUUUGGGGCUGGUUGAUAGACCACUCCAUCCCCUGGUGGAGGGCCGGGAGGAGAAUCUUUUGUCGCCGCAUGCCCAGGAGGCUGUGGCACCCAAAAUCCUGACAAAAGAAUGGUUCCCUUGUCUCCUGGGUCACAUAUCCGGUGCACACGGCCCACCGUCCCAUUUUGGCAGGUAUGACGCUCCAGCGGUGGACCCCCCACUCCUGUGCGCCCAGCUGUGGCACAAACACGCCCACACAGGAUUGGUUCCAUUGAACUAUGGGGAUGAGAUUCCCCCCCUCCUCGGCCAAUCUUAUGGUGGGCGGCAGGAGCCAGGUAAGUGCUUCAAUGUCCCUGGACACAGCAUGGCCACGGGGCUCGAGUCCCCUUGAUGUGGCACCUCGAGCUCCGCCCCGCAGCGAGGCCCCACCCGCCGGUACGUCCGACGUGAUCAUUCUCUUGGUCCCCCUCACCCGGAGUUUGGGCGCAUGGCUCGCGCUUUCCAACCCGUUGCGAUGGCUGACCUGGACCGUCCGACUCAGCUACGCGAUUCAGUUCGCCAGGCGCCCGCCCAGGAUCAGUGACAUCCGCUUCACCUCGGUGAAGUGCAAGAACGCCGCUACCUUGCGUGCAGAGAUCACUACCCUUCUGCGCAAGGGCGCAAUAGAGCCUGUCCAUCCAGCCGAGAUGAAGAAAGGGUUCUACAGCACUUACUUCAUCGUACCGAAGAAAGGUGGUGGGUUGCGACCAAUCCUGGACCUGCGAGUACUGAACUGGGCUUUGCACAGACUCCCGUCCAAGAUGUUGACGCAAAAAUGCACUCUAACGAGCGUCCGGCAUCAAGAUUAGUUUGCGGCGGUAGACCUGAAGGACGCGUACUGCCACGUCUUGGUCUUCCCUCGACACAGACCCUUCCUGCGGUUUGCCUUCGAAGGUCAGGCGUACCAGUACAAGGUCCUCCCCUUCGGCCUGUACUUGUCCCCUUGCGUCUUCACGAAGGUCGCAGAGGCAGCCCUUGCCCCGCUAAGGGAAGUGGGCAUCCGCACCCUCAACUAUCUCGACGACUGGCUAAUCCUAGCUCAUUCUCGAGAGUUGCUGUGCGCACACAGGGACCUCGUGCUCCGGCACCUCAGCCGACUGGGGCUUCGGGUCAACUAGGAAAAAAGCAAGCUCUCCCCGGUUCAGAGCAUCUCUUUUCUCGGUUUGGAGUUGGUCUCGAUGACAGCGCGUCUCACGAAUGAGAGUGCACAGUCGGUGCUGAACUGUCUGAAGGCGUUCAGACGGAGGACAGCGGUUCCACUGAAACUUAUUCAGAGGCUCCUAGGGCAUAUGGCAUCCUCAGCGGCGGCCACACCGCUCGGGUUGAUGCAUAUGAGACCGCUUCAUCACUGGCUUCAGACUCGAGUCCUGAGAUGUGCAUGGCGCUGCGGGACACAUCGCAUGACCAUCACGCCGAUCUGUCGCUGCCUCUUCAGCCCUUGGACCGACCUUGCAUUUCUACGGGCAGGGGUUCCCCUAGAGCAGGUCUCCAGGCACGUUGUGGUUACAACAGAUGCCUCCAAGACAGGCUGGGGUGCCGUAUGCAACGGGCACACAGCCGCCGGCUCCUGGACGAAUUCCCCUGAUGAAGGACCUUCUUUCUCAGGGACGGGGCACCAUCUGGCACCCACGACCAGACCUCUGGAAUCUCCACGUCUGGCCCCUGGACAGGACGCGGAAGACCUAAGUUGCCUACCACCCGCGGUGGUAGACACGAUCACUCAAGCUAGGGCUCCCUCUACGAGGCGCCUGUACGCCUUGAAGUGGCGUCUGUUCGCUAAGUGGUGUUCUUCCCAACGCGAAGACCCUCAGAGAUGCGCAGUCGGAUCGGUGCUUUCCUUCCUGCAGGAGAGGCUGGAGGGGCGGCUGUCCCCCUCCACCUUGAAGGUGUAUGUAGCUGCUAUUUCGGCUCAUCACGAUGCAGUAGAUGGUAAGUACUUGGGGAAGCACGACUUUAUCAUCAGGUUCCUGAGAGGCACUAGGAGGUUGAAUCCCUCCAGACCAUGCCUCGUACCCUCGUGGGACCUCUCUGUAGUCCUUCGGAGUCUACAGGAAGCUCCCUUUGAGCCCUUGGAGUCAGCUGAGCUUAAGGCACUCUCUUUGAAGACUGCCCUCCUGACUGCGCUCACUUCCAUCAAAAGGAUAGGGGACCUGCAGGCGUUCUCUGUCAGCGAAUCAUGCCUGGAGUUCGGUCCGGGUUACUCUCAUGUGAUCCUGAGACCCCAACCGGGCUAUGUGCCAAGGUUCCCAUGACCCCUUUUAGGGAUCAGGUGGUGAAACUGCAAGCAUUGCCCCAGGAGGAGGCAGACCCAGCCUUGGCGUUGAUGUGUCAGUGCGAGCUUUACGCAUCUAUUUGGAUCACACGCAGAGCCUUAGAAGCUCCAAGCAGCUCUUUGUCUGCUUUGGUGGACAGCGGAAAGGAAGUGCUGUCUCCAAACAGAGGAUCGCCCACUGGGUCAUUGAUGCCAUCGCGAUGGCAUAUCAGACUCAGGACAUGCCACCCCCUGCAGGGUUAUGAGCCCACUCUACAAGGAGUGUGGCGGCCUUCUUGGCCCUGGCCAGUGGCUCCUCUUUGGCAGACAUCUGCAGAGCAGCGGGCUGGGCAACACACAACACCUUUGCGAGGUUCUACAAUCUCUGGGUUGAGCCGGUCUCAUCCCAUGUAUUGGCAGGCUCGAGCAGGUAAGUUCCAGGACAGCUGGCCAGGUGUACCUCUUGCGCAUAGCCCCUUUCCCCUCCCUUGAGGUGAAGAUGUGUGCUCUUGACUCCCAGUCGUGUUCAUAGACUGUGAUCCCUGGAUGACUUUCCUCCUUAGCCCUCUGGCAGUUGAGUUUGUGGAGAAACUCGCUGACCGGCGCAGUACGUGCACUAAUGAGCCCCUGUACUGAGGUAGGUGCUCCACAUGUGCUGGUUCCCCGAAGGCGACCCCAUAUGAUAUCUUCCUCAAAAUCGUUUCCCUGUCGGCAAACUGCAUCUUCCUUCCCUCUGCCUCCGGUCGCCAUGCUCUGUAGAAACUCCUCUCCCUUCGGUAGGACCUACCAUGGGAUCUCUCCACAUGACAUACUUCCGACAAGACUCGGUAAGACCAUGCAAUGAAUUCCACUCAAAAUCCCCCCCCCUCCUUUUUGGGCAGGGUGUGGUCUCCAUGGUGUCUUCCCCUUGGGAGGGACACCCCCCGACACAGACACUUAUGGCUCCCAGUCAGUUUACAAAUUCCACUCUUUUUGGGGAGAAAAGAGAGGGAAAGAGGCCUCAGCUUGUCUAGCCUGUCCCUAUAGUUGGACAGUCGACUUGUUCCUGAUGGACCGUUCGACGCUCAUAAGAGCGUUGGGGGAGGUUACGUGACGGCCUGGUGCGCUGGCUACGAGGCACACAGUGGUCUGCCCCUCACACACCGCCAGUUCACGUUACGAAAGUAACCAUGACGUUUUCACACCCAAAUCUCUGAACUGAAUGUGAAAAGUAAUGUCUCCUCUGAGUCCCCAAAUGCAUAACUUUAUGUUCCUAAGAUAAAAAAUGAAUUAAAAAAAUUAGACUUGAGACGAGUUAAACUGGCAAAAUUCAAGACCAAUUUUCAGAAAAUGUACCUUCCUCGUAUUCUAAAAUGGAUGUUUGAACAAAAAUGCGGGUUAGGGCCUCAGAUUGAAUUGAUUAAUAAUGUAUUGCUUGUCUAUGGGCUUGCAGGCUAUGGCACAUGAGAAUAAACUCACAGGGAAUGUAGUGUUAGGGGUCAACUGGUCCAUUGCAACACCAACUGAGCUUCAAUUUGGUAUAGUCAUCCGCAUAAUAACUUCAAAACAAAAAAGCAAUGGGUAUUCAGGUGGCUGGGUGGUUUAACAAUUGGUGCCUGGAUUGAAUCAUUAUGAUACAAGCCUUUGGAAGUUGGUAGAAAUAAAAUUAUAACCUCCUAAUUGCUUCAGCCCUCCCAUGAGGAGUUCUCACUUAGAUGACAGGAUCUCUUUAAUAGCUUGGUUCUACCAAGUGUUUGACCGACAUCAUGGUAAUUUCAGGAUAGACUUGACUUGCUUAAACAUACCAUCAAUUAAGUGUCACACAGCCUGUAUUCACCCCGUUGAGUGUAAUAGAGUGGACACUAUUGCAAAUCAUUAGUGGAUAUAAUUCAUUGAAUUAAAAAAAAAAAAAAUAUUAAUCUCAAAUAAAAUUCAAGCAAAUGGAGAAAAAUUGUCAAGUAAUUUCUAUAGGAGAAAUGGUUUGGUGUGGUGCUUUUAUCAAGGUUAGCAGAUUUUCUCAGCUUAUUGCCAGUGGUGUAGUAACUGGAAAGAAUAUGUUGGUGAGAAUGAAAUCAUUGAAUCACUGAGCUUUUAAAGGCAUGAGCGAAGACGAAAAAUGAGUAAGUGUACUAUUGAGGAUUCUACCGCUGAUUAAUAAUUAAUAUGUGCCAUAUGAACUAAUUACCCUCAAUACUCUGUAUUUGGCACCAAAAGGAGAGCCGUAAAAAGUAUUACUACUAAAUUAAGAAAAAAAAAAAUAUCAUAAAGAAUGGUCAUACCAUAAUUUUUGACAGAGGUUUUUAUGCAAACCCACCCUGACCCUAUAGUCACAGAUUCAAAGGUGAUCUCAUCAAAUGCAAUGGAAUUGUUUAAAAUAUCCUCUAAAUAUAUAGCUGACUGCAUAAAAUGGUUUGCAAAAAUGUCAGUGUUCCAACAAAUAGACUGAUGUGGAGAGGGAUGCAUGAAUCCAAGGCCUGGAAAACGAAACACCACCCAGCCCUUCUUUCUUGGAGCCUGCAAUUCACAGCACACUCCAGACCUGCUGGUUUUGUUGUGGUUCUUAGCUAAUGCAUUUCUAUUGCAACCACUGGAACACUGAAAGGCAACAUGGGACACUAACAGUUUCUCUGCCCAGGUCAUGCAUUAGUCCAGUGGUUCCCAACCCUAUUCCUGGAGGCCCACCAACAUUGCACAUUUUGUAUAUCUAUCUUUUCUGACACACCCAAUUCAGGUCUUGUAGUCUCCACUAACAAGCGGAUGAGUUGAAUCAAAUGUGUUUGAUUAGGGAGAUAUCCAAAAUGUGUAGUGUUGGGGAGCCUCCAGGAACAGGGUUGGGAACCACUGCAUUAGUCAUACCUGACAUUUAUGGUUCACAAUUAACCUCAAAUAAUGGCUUUUUCUGUGGAAGUAUCUAGUUUCUAGACUACAGCAAAGCAGGAAAACAGAAUUUUUUUUACAAACAAGACUCUGCUACUUUGAAGCCAUUGAAGCUAGCACAAACUAAUUUAACUAUUAUUAUUUCAUACUAUAACAGUUUUUCAUCUUUGUUGAGCUAUUUAGUAGUACAGCAAAAAAUUAAAUUAAUACACUGGUUUCUAAUGAAACCCAUGUGGUAUGGUUUCAUACAUGCAAAAAACUCUAAUUGGCUUUUAUGAAAAUGACCUUUUUCCUCAUGUGAUUGCAUCAUUUAAUUCUAAAUGAACAGUGCCAAUGUCUGGCUUACGUUGAGUGUGUAUCAGCCUGGCCCUUUUCUCCCCCAUUUUACGUUUCCAUAGUGACUAUUCCUUUACAGAGAUCCAUUUUAUGCUAGUGCUUUCACUUGCAAUGACCUACACUGUAACAAUAGUGAGAGUAAAUGUGCAUUUUACCUUUGAGAGUUUUAAUUGCAAUCAGUUCUGCUUUGUCUUUUGUUAUUGUCACUUAAUUUAGGGCUGUAAGGUUAUUUUGGUAUCAGUCAUUAACAAAUUGAGGAAAUUCAGAAUUAUCAGCUUCAGUUACAACAAAAUGAGAAAGUAAAAGUGUUUAUACAGGAAUGUCAGUGUUUUAUUUGUAUUGUGAUACUUUGAGUUUUUCUCAUUCAUGAUCAGAAUGUGCUUGUAAGACAGUGACAAUGAUGUAAAUACUGCAAAUGAAAGUCAAGAUGCAGCAAUAUGAAAUAAAAGACAUUU